AUGUAUGAUAAAUCUGUUUGUAUUCAACAUAUCGAACAACAAUCUGAUGGAAAACAAGAAGAAUCCGGCGGUGAAGUUUGCUAUUAUAAAGUGUAUUUUACACGAGGCGCGGGACCUUUAGAAAACAAACAAAUGAUUAGCAGAGACGCAAGUUUACUUGAAAAUCGAGUACUUGCACUAUUAUGUGAUCAAAAACAAGCUGUUCCACCUACGCGUACAUCGAAUCUUUUAUCUGAAAGAAGCCGCUAUUAUCAACAAUAUGCGGAUUCAGAGAUAAAAGGGCAAGGACCAUUUGAUCCUGUUACUAAGGCUUAUGCUCAUGCUUUAGCUCGAAUUCAUUAUAUGAAUCUUGGUCAACAUCCAGAGUGGUUACGAUCAGCAACCGAAAAUUUCGAAGAUCGCUUAUGGCUACGAGCAUGGCGCAAAGAAUGGCAUCUGAACUUGACCAUACCCAAGUUUGCUCUUGAAUAUGGCUGCUAUACAGAUCGUUUAGAUGAUUCAUUAUCACGAUUGGUAGCUUUUCUUCGUGAACGUACUAUGGAGGGUACAUCAUUAACACUAAUUCAUACAGAUCUUAAUCCAGAUCGUAUUCGUAGUAUGAAUGGAUCACCGGCAUUUAUCUAUUGGGAACAAGCAGCAUAUGGUAGUUUUUAUUUGGAUUUACCAAAUUAUUUUUCUGUUGAAACAGCUCUUUGUUAUCGAGAUGCUCUUGCCGAGCUCGGUCUAGAUAUUCUUCCAGCUUUAUUUAUGGAGAGGUUUCAUGAAGUAGGUCGAUAUAUGGGCUUACGAUAUCUUGAAUCAAAUUUGUAUAUUCUAUUUGAACAUGCAUCUGGUUAUGCAUUAUUUCGUGUUCGUGAAUUCGAAGAAAUUGGUAUGAAUUUACCACAAGUAGAAGCAAGUGUAGUUGAUCUAUCAAAAUUUGCAACUGUUGUUAAACUUGUGGCAUUUCAUCCAUUUCAAUCUGGUGUUAAUGCACUUGAUAAUAUAAAUGCAAUAUCUGAAGGUUUAGUUCAUGAUGAUCUUCGAACAUUUCUUGAUACAAAUUUACCAAAAGCUAAGAAACGUGCUAAAAUGAUUCUUGGUGUUGCUGAUUCACGUAUAGCAUCAACAAUAAAUGAAUUAUUUUCAAUUAUAUGUCAACAUACAGGAGUUAUACCAGAACUUUUACGAGGUCUUCGUCUUCAUUUUCCAAAUUUAGUCAAAGGUUUAACAGAUCAAAAUCAAAAUAAAGCACAACUUGGUUUAGGUCAUGCAUAUUCACGUGCUAAAGUUAAAUUUAAUGUUAAUCGCGUUGAUAAUAUGAUUAUACAAUCAAUUGCAUUACUUGAUCAACUUGAUAAAGAUAUAAAUACAUUUUCUAUGCGUAUUCGUGAAUGGUAUGGUUAUCAUUUUCCAGAAUUAAUUAAAAUUAUUUCUGAUAAUUAUACAUAUGCACGAGCUGUAUAUUUAAUUAAAAAUCGAAAAAAAUUUUCAAUUGAUCGUGAAGAUGAAUUAGAAGCUAUUACAAUGGAUAGUGGAAAAACAGCAGCAAUUUUUGAAGCUAUGAAAACGACUAUUGGUAUGGAUAUAUCACCAAUUGAUCUUAUUAAUAUUGAAUCAUUUGCUAAUCGUGUUAUUCAUUUAUUUGAAUAUCGAAAAAGUUUACAAGAAUAUUUACGAAGUAAAAUGGGACAAGUAGCUCCAAAUUUAGCUGUGUUAAUUGGUGAACAGGUUGGCGCACGUCUUAUUGCACAUGCUGGUAGUUUAACUAAUCUUGCUAAAUAUCCAGCAUCAACAAUACAAAUUUUAGGUGCUGAAAAAGCUCUUUUUCGAGCAUUAAAAACAAAAGGUAAUACACCAAAAUAUGGUCUUAUCUAUCAUUCAUCUUAUAUUGGUAAAGCCAAUACACAAAAUAAAGGUCGUAUUUCUCGUUAUCUUGCUAAUAAAUGUGCUAUUGCAUCACGAAUUGAUUGUUUUUCUGAAAUUCCAACUACUGUUUUUGGUGAUCAUUUAAAACAACAAGUUACGGAUCGAUUAACAUUUUAUGAUAGUGGUAAAUUACCAGCAAAAAAUGUUGAUGUUAUGCAAAUAGCUUUACAAGAAGCUGAAACUGAACGUGAACGAAUUUUAUUAAAAGAAAAAAAACGAAAGAAAAAAGAAAAAAAACGUCGUAAACAAGCUGAAGCAGCACUCAAGAAUGAUCAAAAUAGAGCAAGUAUGCUUGAAGAAACUGUUUAA